AUAAUCGGCUCCUCCGAAAGGCCAAUGGUAGACAGCGGACUGUGACGCCCCGUACAUGGCGGCUGAGAUCGGCCAGCCCUGGGACGUGUCUGGCUGUCGUGUAACUUCGGUCAGUUCUGGGCCAGAGAAGCAGCUGUUUCAGUAGUGUUUGUACCCGACUCAGCGCAGCCUGCCCUUGGGUAGAGCGAUCGUCUUGGCCAUGGCUUAUCACUCGGGAUACGGAGCCCACGGUUCCAAGCACAGGACCCGGGCAGCUCCAGAUCCUCCUCCUCUCUUUGAUGAUACAAGUGGUGGCUAUUCCAGCCAACCAGGUGGAUACCCAGCCUCAGGAGCUGAUGUAGCCUUCAAUGUCAACAACCUGCUUGGAGACCCAAUGGCCAAUAUGGCUAUGGCCUAUGGCAGCUCCAUAGCAUCCCAAGGGAAGGACAUAGUGCACAAAGAGCUGCACCGCUUUGUCUCUGUGAACAAACUCAAGUAUUUUUUUGCUGUGGACACAGCCUAUGUAGCCAGGAAGCUAGGACUGUUGGUCUUCCCCUACACACAUCAGAACUGGAGAAUGCAAUACAGUCAUGAUGUGCCUCUGCCUCCACGGAAAGACCUCAACGCUCCUGACCUCUAUAUCCCCACCAUGGCCUUCAUCACAUAUGUGCUGCUGGCUGGGAUGGCACUGGGCAUUCAGAAAAGGUUCUCCCCAGAGGUGCUGGGCCUGUGUGCUAGCACUGCACUGGUAUGGGUGUUCAUGGAGGUGCUGGCCCUGCUUCUCGGCCUCUACCUGGCCACCGUACGCAGUGAACUGAGUACCUUCCACCUCUUGGCCUACAGCGGCUACAAAUAUGUGGGGAUGAUCCUCAGUGUGCUCACAGGGCUGCUCUUCGGCAGCGACGGCUACUACGUGGCUCUGGCCUGGACAUCAUCCGCGCUUAUGUAUUUCAUUGUGCGUUCUUUGCGGACUGCAGCCUUGGGCCCUGACAGCAUGGGGAGCCCAGCCUCUCAGCAGCGUCUCCAGCUCUACCUGACUCUGGGAGCAGCUGCCUUCCAGCCCCUUAUCAUAUACUGGCUGACCUUCCACCUGGUCCGGUGAUCCCUGGUCCCAGGUGGCACUGAUUUUUUUCCAUACAUUGAAGAUUUGGUUUCCUUGA